CCUCCCUCUCAGUUAGUCUUUCGUUCAAGCAUAUAAGGCCCUUCUCCUCUCUGUUUCUGUGUAUCGUGUUUAAUUGUUGCUUCUUUAUUUUUUCUAUCUCUUUUUACCGUUUUGAACAACUUCAAAAUGGGCUCUGAAACACCGUCCAAUCCCCUCUGGACCACGCAGUCCGUGCUGGCCACUCUUCCUCACCCUCCGGAGGAGAAUUCUACUUCCCCGAUUCCGUUCUUCCACCUUCUCGAGCGCCUGAAGACCACCAAACGGGAAGGCUGGCGCCGCUUCGGCAUAGAAGGCGAAUCGAUCUCGGACCAUAUGUACCGUAUGUCGGUGAUGACGAUGCUCGCCCCGCCUUCGCUCGCCCCACGACUCAACCUGCCCCAUUGCAUGAAGAUGGCUCUCAUCCACGACAUGGCAGAGUCGCUGGUCGGCGACAUCACCCCAGUGGACAACGUGAACAAGGAAGAGAAGGCUCGCCGUGAGGCCGAGGUGAUGAACUACAUCACCAAGAACCUUCUGGGGGGUGUUCCCGGUGGAAUAUUGACCGGAGAUGAGGUCAUGAAGGUGUUCCAGGAGUACGAGGAUAACGAGACACUGGAAUCCAAGUACGUACACGACAUCGACAAGAUGGAGCUUCUCCUGCAGAUGGUCGAGUACGAGCGUACCCACGACGUCGAUCUUUCUGAGUUCUGCCAUGUCGCGACCCGUGUCCAGCUACCGGAGAUCAAGGAAUGGGCGGCGGCGGUGCUCCAGGAGCGGGAAGCUUUCUGGAAGAAGAAGGCUGCCAAUGGAGUUUCGGCAUAAGAGUAUGAAUCAUUGAUACGGACGAUAUUCUUUCGGUUAAUAUUCCUUUCGGGUUAUGUUUAAUGGUGUCGAUGCCUUACGAGCUACCUUUUUCUUUCCGGUUAUUUUUUCCUUUGCUUCUCUUUCCUCAUUAUCAUCAUCAUGCAUACGACUAGACAGGUGGAGGCGUUUGGAUGGGCCCAUGAUUAGAUUAGAUAUUAUCGACGCUCGAUGAGUCUUGUCACAUACACAUUGAAAGAACCCAGUGUAAAGC